AUCUAGUACGUAGUACAUAUAUAUCGAUGUAUAUUACUAUUUUAUUUUCUAAUCGUCCCAAACCACAAAGUACAUUAUGUCCCUAACUACUCUAUGGUCUAUUCAAACAGUCCAAAAAGCGUUAAAAUAAAUUGUGUAGUAAGAAAGUUUUAGCCGAACCGAACUAUUUUGAUGUAAAAACAAUGUCUAAUUCAGGCGAUGUUAUUGAUUUGACGAAUUCUUUUAUUUUAGCUGAUCAUUGUGGUAUAGCCAACGUUAUAAUUGACUUGGACUCAGAUGAUUCGUUCUGUGUAGACAAUGACCGACGUGAGGACAGAGCAUCUGUUAAUACCCAGUGCUUUGCGAAAGGUGCUAAACCAUCAUUAAGACUAACUGCAAUUGAAAACACAAAUAAAAAGAAAAAAGCAAAACAGAAAUCACCUACCUCCAUAAAGGCAAAAGAGACAUCUUCAUUACCUGGUAAUAGCAAAAAGUUUGGAGGCUGUCCCAUAUGUUGGGACGAAUUAGGUAAAAACCCUUUGGCAUCUACUAAAUGUGGACAUGUGUACUGUAUGAAAUGUAUAGAGGGAUAUCUUAAAGUUCAAAAGAAAUGUCCCACUUGUCGACGGAGUUUAAAGGGAUCUUCUCCAUACCAUGCUCUCUAUCUAUAAAAAGUUUUUUAUAAAAACUGACCACACGCACAGUCAAAAUGUACAACCUACCAAUGUUAUACUUGCAAAAAAUAUUCUUGCGUGCAAUAUGUUCACUUCAGUAUUUUUUUUCAUAUUCCACAGAACACUUGCCAAAACUUUCAUGAAAUGCAAUCAUUAGAAUUAGUAAGUUAUUUAUAAUAGUUUUAAUUUGUUACAAUGUUUUCUUAUAUUUAUUUGCAACAAUAUACAGUGGUGAACAACCAAUUAGAUACACUGUGGUCGAACUCGGGACCUCAAAACAAAUAAUGGUGUUUCUAAUUUCUUGUCCACUACAGGUAAAAAGUUAGGAAAAGAUAAUUAUUCAUGAAUGUAUAUAGUAAGUUAUGUCCCAACAUUAUUUAUUUAUUUAAUCUACUAAGUACUUUUACAUAUUUCAUUUUUAUUAUUUAAUUUUUUCAGUGUAAUCAGUUUUCAUACUUUCUUUUUCUUUUCUUUAGUUAACUUGUGGAUAAUGCGUUGCAUGAUUGUUAACUUAGUUUUAAUACUUUAUUCGAUAAGUUUUAUUAUGUAACUGUUUUUUGUCCCUUAAUAAAUAAAUAAAUAUUUAAGACUGA